CGCUGCGCUGUCAUUGGUGCUGGUCCAGCUGGUAUUGUGACUGCCAAGGAGCUUCUUGAGGCCGGCCAUGAUGUCACCAUCUUCGAGAAGAACGAUACCUUUGGUGGUGUCUUUCUUUACCGUGAUUACAAGGUGUGUGUGUGUGGCGGCGUUUACGACGGCUGCGUGCUCACCAUCGGCAACUACGUGAUGACCUUCUCCGACUUUUUCGAGCCGGGUGACAAGUACCGUUUCUGGACUGCCCAGGAAUACUGGGAGUAUUUGGCCCGCUACAUUGAGCACUUUGGCGUUGAACGCCGCAGUACCGUGUACUACAACCACGAAGUCCUCACCGUGGCUCGCGCCAGCCAAGACACCUGGAGCGUCACCGCCAAGUCUGCCAAGGGCAAGGUCCACAGCGCCGUCUUUGAUCACGUCGCCAUUUGCAACGGUGCCCACCAGGUCCCGAACCAGCCCAGGAUCAAGGGUGCCGAAUCUUCGCCCAUCACCAUCUGCCACUCUGAUUCCUACAAGCGCGCUGCUGGCGACGCACGUUUUGAGGGCAAGCGCGUUGUUUGCAUGGGCAUUGGCGAAACGGGUGCUGAUGUCGCUGCUCAUGUGGCUCAGGUCGCCAGCGAUGCCUACCUCUCCAUGCGUCGCACCCCCCACGUCGUGCCCCGUAACCUCUGGAACCUUGGCUUUCCUGGCGAUGCCUCCUCCACCCGCGCCAUGUUCUAUUGCCAUCACAUGUGGAUCUCGGCCCUUCACAGCUUUGACCAGUGGAUCCGUCUAGUGACCAGCGGACCCAAAUGCCAGGCUUUUUUCAAGGAGCGCUCCGGUGGCCUCGUCGUCGAGCAGUUUCUCACCAAGAACGACAACUUUAUCCCCCAUCUGUUGGACGGCAGCCUCAAGGAGAAGCCUGACAUCGAUCACAUCGAGGGCCGUCGCGUCUAUUUCACCGACGGCUCCUUUGUGGACGACGUGGACACCAUCAUUCAGUGCACCGGCUUUGUCGACUCCUUCCCCUUCCUGCAAGAUGUGGACAUGCCAGAUGUUCGCCACUUGUACAAGCACAUGAUUCAUCCCGAUAUCGGCCCCAGUUUGGCUUGGAUUGGCUUUGUGCGUCCCGGUACGGGUGGCGUCCCCGCUUGCGCUGAACUCUGCGCCCGCUAUUUCGCUCUCCUGGCCUCGGGUGAACGCAAAUUGCCCGACGACUGGCGCCAACGCAUUGCGCGCGAGGCCAACAUGGAGGAAGAUCUCAUCAACAUUUCCAGCGGCCGUGUCAAGACCCUCGUGCUCUAUGGUGAUUUCAUGGAAGCCAUGGCCCAGCACGUGGACUGCCAGCCCAUGAUCAUGCGUUACCUCUUCACCGAUCCCGUCUUCUGGCUCAAGCUGCUUUAUGGUGCCAUGUCCCCCAUCCAAUUUCGCCUGCGAGGGCCA